AUGCAAAAUUUGAAUGAUGAAAAAGAGAUCGUUUUGCGUUCAAAUUGUAAAGAUUCUAAACUCGAGUUAUGUAAAACAGCCCUGAAAAAUAUCUUAUCUCCUACAAAUCAGCCAGAUGAUGCGAUACUUAAAGUUCUAAAGGCUCUACAAGAAUGUAAAAUACUAAUCGAGAAAUCCGAAAUUACGAACAUAACUAACAAUUUUAUCAAGUUUAGUGAAGGCUUGUUUUCUGAACUUAAUGAAGUUUCAUCAUAUAUUGAUGAUAUUAUUGAAUGCACUACAAUUAUUUUAAAUGACACAGCUAAGGUCAAUGAUUUGAUUGAUAUGCUAGAAACAUCACUGUCACCCAAUGAAUUUAAUAAAAGGAUUAGUUGUGUCGAAGGUCUUGUCAAUUCUCUAGAUAAAAUUGAUAAUGAGAUAAGGCAACGUUUGAUGAGCAACUACGAAAACAGAAGUAUUAAAAGUAUUAAUAAUGAAUUUUGGAAAAGCCAUAAUUAUCUAAUUGAUAAUUUGCUUAAAUUGCUAAAUGAUCACAAAAAAAAAUCAAAUGAUACAUUAGAAAUUCCAAAAAUUGAUUACGAGGAGAUAGUAAGCUUAUGGGCAAAAGUGAAAGACAAGUGUAAGACUGAUUAUCUUAGAGCAAAUGAUGCGAUUGUAGAAG